AUGGGCCACUUCAAGCAACAUCCAUCCGCUGCGAUUCAUCCUACAAGUGUCAUCCAUCGAGAUUGCAUUAUUGGCCGCAACGUUUCAAUUGGCCCAUUUUGUUACAUUGGAGAUGAUGUGUCUAUCGGGGACAAUACCGUCCUCGCCAGUCACGUAACGAUACAGUCCUCCACUACAAUUGCCAGUAAUUGCACAAUAUAUCCACAGGCUGCAUUAGGUGGUCCGCCUCAGGAUAAAAAGACUGCAGGCCAGCAAUGCGGGCUAGUCAUUGGGCACGGAGUCAUCAUCCGAGAGUGUGCCACCAUUCACACUGGUGCACAAGAUGGUGGAAACGGCUUCACCACCAUCGGUGACAAUUGCUUGAUCAUGGCCAAUGCCCACGUGGGCCACAACUGUCGGUUGGAGGAUGAUGUGGUCAUUGUGACGGGCGCCGCGGUUGGCGGCCAUGCUUUCAUUGGCAAAGGUGCCGUCAUCUCAGGCCAAGCUGCAGUCGUCCAGUGGUGCCGUGUCGGGCAACUGGCUUUUGUCGCUGCCGGUAGCAUAGUUACAAGAAAUGUGUUGCCUUUUACAACUGUCCACGGGUUCCGCGCACGGCCGGUAGGGGUGAAUACAGAAGGUCUGAGGCGACAUGGCUGGACACCAGACAGGAUUAGAGUGGUUGCCGGCGCGUUGAAGAAGUAUAUUGAAGGAGGAGAGAGAGCCUUGGUCGGCUUGUUGCAAGAGUCUGCGCAUGCAUCCGAUAUCGCCGACAUGGUAGACUUUGUACUAGCCGGGUCUCCUGGCGUUUCAGGGUCAGAACCAGCUGCUGGUGAUAAAGCCGCGAAAUUGUAG